CCGCUCCGCCCCCGAGGGGCAGCCGUGGGGAAGUCGGUGCCGCGUUUGCCGGAGGGGCGGCGUGGAGGCGGCGGGUUCCUCCCGCUCCCAGGUGCUGGCGGGCACCUCGCCGUCACCUCCCACUCGUCCUCCUCCUCCUGCCCGCCAGGUUUCGGGGCGGGCGGCGGCCCUUCUUUUUUCCUCCACGUCACGGAGGAAAAUGCUGUGCCGCACACACAUCGCACGCCCCGUGCACACAAGAGCGCCCCUUGGAGCCGAGCAGGGCGCCGGCCCGGGACGGCCGCGAUCCGCUCGGGUGAGUGCGGGCCGGCGGGCACAUCCCGGGACAGCGGCAGCGAGGGCUCCCGGCCGCGGAGCUGAGCCCGAACUUCGCGGAGCGCCGCGCUGGGGUGGCGGCAGCUCCCGUCCUCCUCCCGGCGGCUUCGCCAGGGGCGCAAAUUUGGAUGCUCGGCCGUAGCGGCGGAGUUUGGGAGGAGGAGGAGGAAAGGGCGGCACUGUGUGACUCCGCGGGAGCGCAGCGGGCGGUGCUGUGCGGGGAGACAGGGCCGGGCCGGGCGCGGCGCUGGAGGCGGCCGGAGCGGGAGGGUCCGUGCCGGUGCUGCGGGAGAGCUCAGAAAUAGUGUCAUCCCAACUACUUCUGUAUGUCUGACUUCAUAUGCACUUGAAGCCCUGAAAACUGAUGGAGGCUGCUGGCAGUGGCAGGAUGGAGCAGGCACUAGGACUUGGUUUGCCCACCGAGCUGAUGUCCUGGGACAGAGCAUCCUAGAGAGGGGAAGAGACCACAGCAAAGUCCAGGAGGGUCUGCUUUGGAGGCCAGAAGUCCCACUGCUGCUUUUACAGAUCUUCACAGAAAAGAAGAUUUUUUUAGUUAUUAAAAGCAUAUCUGGAGACUGUUUCUAAAACCUGCAGAGAGUUACUCAGCUUUGGUUUCUACAAAAUAGAAUGAAGAGACACAAGUGGUCCUACAAAUGUCCCUCACAAAGGAAGAUCUUGAUUCUGUGUGUUACUGGGUGGUUGAUUGCACUGCUGAAGCUCCUCCAUGUCGAAAGACACUUUUUUCCCUCUAAAGGCAUUUACUUAGUUGAGCACUUCUUGAGCACUUCUUCUUAUGUUAGAAACAGAUAUUCAUACCCUAGAAAUGAGUUUCAGUAUGAAAUUAAUUGUUCUUCUAUAUAUGAACAAGAUCCUCGUGAAAUUGGCAAGAGUUUAGAGAUAAGAAGAAAAGAAAUUGUUGAUUUAGCUGAUGAAGAUGUUGUAGCAAUGACAAGUGACUGUGAUGUGUAUCGUUCACUUAGGAAAUACCAGCUAAAACCUGUUUCUCCAGAGGAGGAGGGUUUUCCAAUUGCCUAUUCUUUGGUUGUUCACAAAGAUGCAGCGAUGGUAGAAAGGCUCAUACAUUCAUUGUACAGUCAUCAAAAUAUUUACUGCAUCCAUUAUGACCAAAAAGCAGCAAAAAGCUUCAAAUCUGCUUUGAACAAUCUAGCUAAAUGUUUCCCAAAUAUUUUCAUUGCAUCAAAAUUGGAGACAGUGGACUACGCACAUAUUUCACGCCUGCAAGCAGAUUUCAAUUGUUUGUCUGAUUUGAUGGAGUCUCCAGUUCCUUGGAAGUAUGUUAUCAAUUUGUGUGGCCAAGAUUUCCCUUUGAGAUCAAAUUUCCAGUUGGUUGCUGAACUGAAGAAACUUGGUGGAGGAAACAUGUUGGAAACUUCAAAGCCAAGCAGCAGCAAAAGAGAACGAUUUACUUACCACUAUGAACUUAUGAAAGUGCCUUAUGAAUACAUGCAGAUGCCUGUAAAAACCAACAUUUCCAAGAAUCCGCCACCUCAUGAUAUUGAGAUAUUUGUAGGCAGUGCCUAUUUUGUUUUAAGCCGAGAAUUUAUUCAAUAUACCCUUGAAAGCUCACUUGUGAAAGACUUUUUUGAGUGGUCAAGGGACACAUACUCUCCAGAUGAACAUUUCUGGGCUACUCUUGUACGUGUCCCCGGGGUCCCUGGGGAAGUUCCAAGGUCAUCCCAGGAUGUAACAGACUUGCAAAGCAAAACUCGUCUGGUGAAAUGGAAUUAUCUGGAAGACUACUUGUACCCUCCGUGCACUGGUACCCACCUGCGCAGUGUCUGCAUCUAUGGGGCUGGAGAGCUGAGAUGGCUUCUGAAUUACGGACACUGGUUCGCCAACAAGAUUGACUCCAAAGUAGAUCCUGUCCUGGUAAAAUGCUUGGCAGAAAAGGUGGCAGAGCAACAGGAGGAGUGGGUACAUUUGUCCUCUGAUAAACACUUUCUGCACUUGAGUUCUACGGAUGCCUUGACAUAGCAGUGCUGUGUUCCCUGCUGUGAGUGCUGUGUGCUCAGCGCCUGCAGUUCUGCUGCCUUGACCUGCUGCAGGAUGGCAGUGACAGAAAAGUCCAUUCUAUGUGACAUCCAGGGCCCUGCACAGCCGGGUGCCUGGCUAUUUAUUUAUGAAAAUUCACUUCUCUCUGAUUAACUGUUUUGCCACAAUAAACCUGUAAUUGUCUUCAGGGUGAUUCUGAGAUGUGAAGUUUGCUUUUGGAGGCUCUCGUGCUGUCUGUCCAGUGGAGUAUUUCAGAAAUGUAUUUUACUUCAAGUAAAAGAAGCUCCAGCAGUUCUGUCUGCCUGCCCUCUUUUCCUUCACUUUUGCUUUUCUUUAAGGAAUAAAUGGAAGACCUCUGUAUCUGCUACCUCAGGAAAACUGUAAGUGCCCAUCUCACAGAAAAAACCAAGAGAUCAGCAUGACACCAAAUGACCCAUGUGACCUCACCUGAAGUUCCACACCUCUCAUCUAUGGGAGCUGCAUAGAUCUUUGCAAUGUGAAUGAGACUGGAUGAUAGAUCCCAUGUACUGCAUUGUGUGUACCAUUGUUCUCCCUGCUAACCUGUGCAUUGCUUUUCCUUCUACAAAGCGUGUGAUCAGGUGCUGUGCCAACACUGUUGGUUUCACAUACAGUGAAAGUUGGUUGAGGCAGUUGUGCACUGCUGAGUGCUCACAGCUGUGUGUUCUCCAAAGGCAGAGUACAUGCCUGCCCUAAGGGCAGUCUCUGCACCCACUUGGGGGAGGUUUCCGUGACAAAAGAGGUCAAUCUUCAUUCCUGUCUCAGCCUGUGAGAAUAUCUUUCUCUGAAAUCCCAGUCCUCUUGAUACAUUAUGUCUACCCACAGUGGAUAACAAGUGCUAUUUCUGCUUGGUGUUCA